CUAAUUUCAGAGACUGCAAUCAAUUUCAAUAUUUGAUUUCCUAAUGGCAACUCUCCUAAAGCUAUUCCCGCCAUUAAUGCCUUCUUCUCUGAUUACCAAACCUCUCUCCCAACAAAAAUCCCAAAUUCUCAAUCCAAAACCCCAAAUCUCUUCAACAAAAUCUUGUAAUCACAUAGUCAAAAGCACCAGCAAAUUUGGCAGCUUUCUGGACUUGCAACCCACAUCAAAACCAGAACCUUUGGAUCUCGAUCUUUCCUGGUACGAUCCCGACUCAGACCGGCCCCAAUUUGAAGUGAUCAUCGCCGGAGCCGGCCCUGCCGGAAUCCGGCUGGCGGAGCAAGUUUCCCGGCACGGGAUUAAGGUAUGUUGUAUUGAUCCUUCGCCGCUUUCAAUGUGGCCUAAUAACUAUGGAGUUUGGGUUGAUGAAUUUGAGAGGCUAGGGUUAGAGGAUUGUCUUGAUAAAACAUGGCCUAUAACUAGUGUUUGCAUCAAUGAUCACAAUCACAAGUGCUUGGAUAGAGCUUAUGGGAGAGUGAGUAGGGAAAACUUGAAAUCAAAGUUGUUGAAUGAAUGCAUAAACCAUAGUGUGAAAUUCUACAAAGCCAAGGUAUGGAAAGUUGAUCAUCAAGAGUUUGAGUCCUAUGUUACAUGUGAUGAUGGUAGGAAGUUAAAGGCAAGUUUAGUAGUUGAUGCAAGUGGAUUUGCUAGUAGAAUCAUAGGGUAUGGUAGACCAAGAAAACAAGGGUACCAAAUUGCUCAUGGCAUUCUAGCUGAAGUGGAUGAACAUCCAUUUGAUUUGGACAAGAUGGUUUUGAUGGAUUGGAGGGAUUCCCAUUUGGGGAACGAGCCAUAUUUGCGCGAAAACAACUCGAGGUUUCCUACUUUCUUGUACGUGAUGCCAUUCGAAUCGAAUCUGGUGUUCUUAGAGGAAACUUCACUUGUUAGCCGUCCAGUUUUGUCGUACAUGGAAGUGAAGAAAAGGAUGGUGGCACGGUUAAGGCACUUGGGCAUUAGGGUGAGGAGUGUUAUAGAGGACGAGAAAUGCUUGAUCCCCAUGGGCGGUCCUUUACCACAUAUUCCACAAAAUGUAAUGGCAUUCGGAGGGAAUUGUGGGAUUGUUCACCCUUCCAUUCCACAGGGUACACGAUUGCUAGGACUAUGGAAAUAGCACCAUUCGUGGCAAGGGGCAUAGCCGAGUGCCUUGGCUCAACCAGAAUGAUUAGAGGGGCGCGACUUUAUGAAAGAGUUUGGAAUGAUUUGUGGCCCGUUGAGACGAAGCGUGCAAGGGAAUUUUACUCUUUCGGAAUGGAGACGUUGUUAAGGCUUGACUUGAAUGGGACUAGGAGGUUCUUUGA